AUGGACUUCUCGGAACAGGACUACGACAUCCACGACGGCGGCGCCGAGGCCGAGGCCGACGGCGGCGGGGACUCUUCGGGCUCCUCCUCCCCGUCCUCGUCCUCGUCGUCCUCUGCUGCCGCGUCCUCCUCAUCCUCAAGUGGCGGCUCAAGCCGCAGCAGCAGCGGCGGCGCUGCCGGUGAGGGCGAGGAUGGCGCCGACGAGGGGGACGGUGAGGAAUACGAUUCGUCCAACCUCAUAGCCACGAGGGGCGCCGGCGCCGCCGGCUACCGGGACGAUGAGAGGGGGGAGUACGAGAACGAGGAGGUAGAGGAGGAGAGAGAUUUGUUCGGCCCAGACAACGAAGAGUACGUCAGAACCCCGGCGCGCAGCAACUACCUAGUCCCAGUGCUUCCUGCAAUACGGAACACUAAUAAUCAUUCUCGAGGAGGCUUCGGAGGACGAGGUGGUAGAGGCCCACCACUUCUUCCAAGGCCAGGAGGCCAUCCAGGGCGACAUAACUUUGGUUAUGGGAGAUUUGGGAACGGGCGUCAUGUUGAAGGUUUAGUUUCAGAUAUGAAGCUUAAUAAGAGCGAAGAAACAUUGUCUAGAAAAGCUGUUACUUUUCAGGAGCCUUGUGAGAUUGCAUGCUUAAGUCGUGUUGAGGGUGGAGAGGUAUAUUUUGAUGAUCGCAGCUUGAGGCUCUUCAAACGUGAAAUCUGUGAUUACGUCGGUGCAGAUCUCAAUAAAGGAUUCGAGUCAUCUAUAGAGAAGAAGGAUUUGGGUUCUGAAGGAUUUGGCGAUCUACUCGCAUGCAUACGAAAUUCCAACAUACUUCUUCAGCAUACUAUACAUUUUGUGACAUACCGCAACAAUCUUAACAAGAUAUUGGCCACUGCUUACCUAAGAGAACCAUGGAAGAUGGGCGUUCAUAAAAGGAGGGGUGUUGUAUACCUUGAUGUUCAUAAGCUCCCUGAAAGACCAAAAAGUGAAGUGGAGCGUAGGAGAUGUUAUUGGGGCUAUUCUUUUGAAAACCUUGCCACUGAGAACUCAUUCAGCGACGAUGGAAGAGGUAUUGAUGCAAAUGUUGAGUUUUGUUCUGUAAUAAAGACAAAAUUGGGUGCCCAUCGCAUUGUCAUGGGUGCUGAGAUGGACUGCUGUGAUGCAACUGAUGAUGGCAGGCGGUUCUAUGUGGAGUUGAAAACAAGCAGAGAGCUGGAGUACCAUACAGUGGAAGCAUAUGAGAAAGAAAAACUACUUAGAUUUUGGAUUCAAUCAUUCCUUGCUGGUGUUCCUUAUGUUGUUGUGGGAUUCAGGAAUGAUGCUGGCAUACUUGUACGAACGGAAAGACUAAGAACCAAAGAUAUUACACAAAAGGUGAAGGCAAAGAACUACUGGCAGGGUGGCGUUUGCCUGGCCUUUGCCGAUGAGGUCUUAUGCUGGUUGUAUGGGACUGUCAGAGAGAAUGAAGACUAUGUUCUUCAGUUUGUACAUCCGUUUAACCGCCUGGAACUUCUACGAGCCCAGUCCCCCUGUCCCGAAGCCAUAACGUUGCAUGUGCAGCGGCUCUCAGGUGCAGCAGACUAG